GUUCAUGAGCUAUAACAAUAGCUUCACCAUCAUGGAAAUUAUCGAUAUCGAAAAUGUAAGCGAGAAUUCCGAUAUUAAAAACGUUUGUGAUGUCGAAGAACAUGGGGAUUAUGAAAAGCCUAAUGAACUUCAUGAUGGAUAUGAAGAAAUUCAGGUUGAUGGGCCCGUUGAUGACAUGAGGAACAUUGUUGACGCAUUAUUGAAAGAUAAUGUUUUGGAUAAAGUUAAGGAAUCUAAGGAUAACUUGGCUUUCGAAAUUUUACAAGAAUUAAUAAAUGAAUGUACCUUGGACGUGGCUUUUGAAGUACACCAGCAAGCAAAGACAGGAAUACUUGUAAAAGAAAUUGCCAAUGCACAAACUUAUCAGAGCAAAGAUUUCAAUGACUUUCCGAAUUUGAUCUAUGAAGAAGGAUACGAUAUAUACGGUCAAGAUAUCAACACUUUGAAAUCGCAAGCAGAAAAACAGCGUUGUCUAAAUUGUAGUGUAAUGAUUCCAGUUGCAACAUAUGCAAAACAUUUCUCAAAGUGUCUCGGAUUGACUAAAGGACGUACAGCGACAAGAAAUGUUAAUUAUACAGAUGAACGAAUAGACAAAUUUUCUGUCUUUGAUUUUCCCGGACAUUCUCCGAAUGUUUCGUUUAUAUCAAAUGCGGAAUUUGAUAUCUCACAAG